AUGCUGUCGAAUUCUCAAAUAAAUCCUUCUGAAAAUCAUGUGUACUACAUGUAUAAUAAAUGGCGUGCUGAAAAGUAUGGUGACCGUAAUGAAUGCAAUCUCCCCGAAAUCAUGCGAGGGAAAAUUGAGAGUUUAAUUGAGAAAGGCUACACGAUACUGUCGAAACCAUAUCCCAGGAUUAUUGUCAUAAUUACGCCUAUAAAGAAACGGGUCUUUCUAUCGACUGCAUAUGAGAAUAUGAUAUUUGUAGACACAACAUCAUCGUGUGACCAGACCAGUUCUGCAAUUACUCUAGUUUUUACAUCUCACAAAAUUGGCGGUCUUCCAUUGGUUUGUGCUAUACAUACCGAGCAAAAUGAACCCAAUUACACACUGGUUUUUGGCACCAUUAAAGAAGCUAUAGAAAAGAACGAGACGAGUAAAAAUUUGAGCCUGAUAUUGUUAUGA